AGAAACAUUGCGCAUGCGUACAAUGCGAAGAACAUCAUGGGUCACGUCUGACGUUGGAUCAACUAGAUACGUUGCUACAUUUAUAAACUAGCUAUAUAUUUUUUUUUAUCACAGACAUGACACGUUAACUCUGCACUUUUCAUAUUUUGUACUGUUAGCUAGACAUAUUUGACUACAUUGUUUAGCGUCACCUGAAAGAAAGAAAUCAUGACUGCCAACGAGGAUCAAGAGAUGGAGUUAGAAGCCCUCCGUUCGAUAUACGAGGGGGACGAGUGCUUCAAGGAAGUCAGCCCGGUUUCAUUUCAGUUUAGGAUAGGAGAACAGGAGGACUCCAAAGCGUUCAUUCUGGAUAUUUCAUGGCCUGAGAUGUAUCCUGAAACGGCACCUGAAAUUUCUCUAGAUGGCUUUUUCAACAAAAAAAUAUCUUCAGAGACCAAGCAGCUGAUCAUCUCUGGGUUAGAGGAGCAGGUGGAGGCCAACCUGGGCACUGCCAUGAUGUACACCCUGUUCGAGUGGGCCAAAGACAACCAGGAAGCGCUGAUGGAGAACCACCAAGCUGUGGUCACUGCCGUGACACUGACAUCCAACAGUGACCUCAACGCCCCAGCCAAGAAGAAGGAGAAGAAGGAACAGCUGACCAAAUCACAGAAGAGGAAGAUCACAUGUAGAACUGAUAACAAGGGGGAGCUCCCCAGAGGCUGGGACUGGGUCGACGUCAUCAAGCAUUUGAGCAGAACAGGCGGUAAAGAGGAAGACUAGAAUGCCGUGGAGGAGGUGGAGAGGUCUCUGGUACUGCUUUUACCAGGAAGUGAAGUCUCCCGACCUCACUCAGACCACCUGACCUGGCCGCUGCUCCGUAGACUCCUUCCAGUCUGCCCCAAGACAUCACACCCAAGAUGGCCGCUUUUUCGCUCCAAGGGAAGACGGGGUCCUCUACACCUGAACACAAUCAAUAGUUGUCAAAGCUGUCGUUUUGAGAGGGCGUCACACAUACAGGAGGUUUAGUGUCAUAUCGGAAGGAGUUUAAAAUGUGGCUUUUUUUAUUUUUUAUGAACUGUUUUCAUUUGCUUGGAUGAGACCCCAAAUGUGUGACUCAUUUUGGUUUUAACGGUGGUGAUGACGGUGGAUUGCAGUGUGAGCUGCAUUGAAACAACGAAAGCUUGUACGGGUGUGUGCUAGUAUUUGUGCCGUCGAAAUAGGUCGAGGUGAGUGAAUGGUGACGGGGUGGCAGUGUCGUCUGUUUUCACUAGUACUGUACGCUUGUCAAAGUGUAAUGAUCUGGACCUCUUGUUACCAUGAGCCAGACGUCCACGUACUGUCAUCACUGCCAGGGAAUUGAAAAUCUGUCCACUUUGAGACCGGUUCAGUUGCUAGGCAUCAGAGCUGUAAAACGUGCUUUACCAGGACUGUCAACGUAUGGCUGUGUGACUUUAGGAUCCUCAGUGUAUCUGAUGUACAGUGGUGUGGAACAUAAACUCAACAUGUUAUGAAGGACAGGACUGCUGAAUAUGUGAUACUCUGUCCCUUUAAUUUAGAGACUGCUGGAUAAUUUUUUUUUUUUUUUUAAAUAAAAAAAAAAGGAUUAUUAA